CCCAAAAUGAAGAUCGAGCAAGAGAAAAGGUAUGCAUUGCUCUUGGCUUGCAAGGACUCGGAUUACGUCAAGAAGAAGUACAAUGGCUACUUCAAUGUAUUCUUGGAAGCCUUCGAGGACGAAGGAGAGACCUGGGACUUGUUCAGGGUGGUGGAGGAAGAGUUCCCGGCCAUGGAAGACCUGCACAAGUACGAAGGGUUCGUCGUCAGCGGGAGCCCCUACGAUGCCUAUGGCAAUGACUUAUGGAUUCUGAGGCUGUGCUCACUCAUCCAGACACUUGAUGCCAUGCACAAGAGAGUGCUGGGAAUCUGCUUCGGCCAUCAAGUGUUGUGCAGGGCACUUGGUGGGCAAGUGGGGAAGGCUUGUGGAGGAUGGGACAUUGGGAUCAGGAAGGUGAUCAUGCAGGAUGAGUCGAGACAUUUCAAGUUCUCUGAGAGAUUGGAAGUCAUUCCGAAAUGUGUUUCGAUCAUCGAAUGCCACCAAGAUGAGGUGUGGCAAGUUCCGAUCAGAGCAGAAGUGAUUGCUUCCUCUGAUAAGACCAGAAUCGAGAUGUUCUCCAUAGGAGAUCACAUAUUGGGCAUUCAAGGUCAUCCUGAAUACAAUAAAGAUAUACUGCAUAGCCUCAUCGAUCGCCUCCUAGCCAAUGAAUCCAUCUGUAAUUGCUUUGCUGAUGAUGUGAAGGCAAGCUUGGAGGAAGCUGAAGCUGAUAAGGAAUUCUUGGAGAAGUUGUGCAAAAGCUUCCUCAAGGGUGAAUAGACAUUGAUCUUAAUUAGGGAAAGAGAAUUUGGAAAGAGAAAAAGGGCUUGAAAUAAAGUAUAGAUUAUCUAAAAAUAUGUAACGGUAUUAGUCUGAAAUCUACAGUUUUAGAUACAGACUUGGUUGCAUCCGAAACUGAGCCGUCGUUCUUUGGAAUGGCAACUCUGAUGAGGAAUUUAAUGUACAUUAAUUAUCACAUAAUAGAGUUUCUCAUCUCUUAA